ACUUUCCAUUCUUACCGCAAUCCUUUCCUGCGAUUUUUCCCUUCCUGUAUCCUCACUUUCCCAUCCUACCUUCCAUUCACAUUGAGCCUUCGCGAUAACCGCGAGUAACUUUGUCACCAUGCAUCGCACCUAUUCUAUGCGCCAGUCGCGCGUUCCCACUGCCUCGCAGAUUGAGAACCCUCCCCCGCCAUUGUCUUCCACCAAGUCGAACAGACUCUUCGGGAAGGGCGGCUUCGGCCAUGCUUUGCGCAAGAACGCCGCCGGCGCCUUCGGGCCAGAUCUAGCCCGGAAGCUCUCGCAGUUGGUCAAGAUGGAGAAGAACGUCAUGCGUAGCAUGGAGAUGGUGUCCAGGGAGCGCAUGGAAACUGCUCAACAACUCUCCAUCUGGGGCGAGAACUGCGAUGAAGAUGUGUCUGAUAUCACUGACAAGCUCGGGGUCCUUCUUUACGAAAUUGGAGAACUGGAGGAUCUAUUUGUUGACCGCUACGAUCAGUACCGUGUGACGAUCAAGAGCAUCCGCAACAUUGAAGCCUCGGUUCAGCCCAGCCGUGACCGCAAGCAGAAGAUCACGGACGAGAUUGCCAAGCUCAAGUACAAGGACCCCAACUCUCCCCGCAUUGUCGUUCUGGAGCAGGAACUGGUUCGUGCGGAAGCCGAGUCCCUGGUUGCCGAGGCUCAGCUCUCCAACAUCACUCGCGAGAAGCUCAAGGCCGCUUUCCAGUACCAAUUCGAUGCGCUCCGCGAGCACUGCGAGAAGGUGGCUCUGAUCGCCGGCUACGGCAAGCACCUCUUGGACCUGAUCGACGAUACGCCGGUUACCCCUGGUGAGACCCGUCACGCCUACGAUGGCUAUGAUGCUAGCAAGGCCAUCAUCCAGGAUUGUGAAGAGGCACUUGCCAACUGGGUCACCUCCAAGGCAUCCGUCAAAUCCAACUUGUCCACUCGCUCCCGCACCCUGUCGCAGCGUCGCCGCGAGAGCGCGAACAAGAGCCGCGAGGGAGUCGACCUCUCUGGCCAGGACCAGCCUCUAGGUCGUGAUUCGUGGGUACCAGCUGACCAGCACUCAUCCUACCACCACGAUGAAGAUGGCGAGGAGGUUGCCAGCACUCUGGACGGUGAAACUCGAGGCCGCGAGGAGGAGAGAGAGCCCGUCACAGCUGUUGAAUGAGCUCGCCCAAGGAUGCGAUGGUUCCAGUCAAUGGAUCCAGUUGAUAACAUUACGUUUUUUUGAGGUUCCUGGAGUACUCCAUUAAUUAUGUGAAUUUGGUCGGUUUAUGUCUGUCCAUCGAGAUUCCCGCUUGAUGUGUUUUGUUGCUGUUGUGACAUUGAUGUGUUUCUCUUUUUUCUUUUUCGCCCCGGAUGAUUUAUGAUUAAUCGAUUCCGAUUCCGAUGACUAUCCUGAGCAACAGAGAAUAACGUCCAGGUGUGUACCCGAGCAGGUGAAUUUGGGAGCGGUCACGUCUGCCGAUGC